CGGGGCUGAGGAAGAGCGAGGUCGAGAGCCACACACAACGAGGGAACCCCAUCAGCUGGAAGCCGAGUAACAUUACAAGUCCAUCUCCCAACGCACGAAUUCAUCUUUUCACCUCCUUUGGAUCGGAUUCAUAAACGCCGAAUCUUAUUCGUUUUUUAUUAUUGUUACCAGCGGAUAUUGCAUUUUGUCGGGGAUUUUCUGUUGUUAUUUUUGAGGGGAGUAAGGGGACUGGCAGAAGGUGGGGGGGAUCAAACCUGGAGAGCCGCGAGCAUGGAAUAUUUCAUGGUGCCCGCUCAGAAGGUGCCCUCUAUGCAACACUUCAGGAAAACGGAGAAAGAAGUCAUUGGGGGGUUGUGUAGCCUGGCCAACAUUCCUCUGAGCCCAGAGACAGCGCGCGACCAGGAGAGGCGAAUCCGCCGUGAGAUCGCCAACAGCAACGAGCGGCGGCGCAUGCAAAGCAUCAACGCUGGCUUCCAGUCUCUGAAGACGCUCAUCCCGCACAGCGACAGCGAGAAGCUCAGCAAGGUGUCGGCUGCCAUCUUGCAGCAGACGGCGGAGUACAUUUUCACGCUGGAGCAGGAGAAGACGCGACUACUGCAGCAGAACAGCCAACUCAAGCGAAUCAUACAGGAGUUGAGCGGCUCCUCCCCGAAGAGGAGGCGCGUGGAGGAGAAGGACGAAGGCAUCGGCUCGCCGGACAUCCUGGAGGAGGAGAAGACGGAGGACCUGCGGCGAGAGAUGAUUGAACUGAGGCAGCAGCUGGAGAGGGAACGCUCCGUCAAGAUGAUGCUGGAAGAGCAGUUGCGCUCACUGGAUGCAGAGUUGUACCCGGAGAAACUGAAAGCUUUGAGCCAGCACAGCCUUGUGUGUGUGCAGCAACACAAGCAGCUGGAGAAGGACCUUACACCUGCCCACAACCCACAGGCGGCCGGCCCUCCUGCGUCCACGCACCACCCCACGGUCAUCGUCCCCGCGCCCGUCCCUCCACAGUCCCAUCAUGUCACAGUGGUAACUGUGGGCCCGACAUCCGUCAUCAACACCAUCUCCACGUCCCGCCAGAACCUGGACACCAUCGUCCAGGCCAUCCAGCACAUUGAGAGCACCCAAGCCAAGGGCAGUGGGUGCGAGGAGGAACAACGGCGGGUGGUCAUCGUCAGUUCAAGCCGUGUCCUCCCCGACGGCAACGAGCCAGAUGACUGCUCACUGCCCUAAGUUCCUGGCACGCGCACACGCACGCACAGACUUUGGGCAGGGCUUUUUCAGCACACUGCUAUGGUGUGGCCCCGCUCUGUACGACAAGGCCCCUUGCUCCUAUCUGGUCGCUUAUUAGUGCAGCUACUUGACUUGACUGACAGAUACUCUCGCACUGGAUGUUGCUCCUCCAGGCGAUGUUUUUUGUUGUUGUUGCUUUCCACUCGCCGCUGAAACAAAAUCCGCCAGACUAGGGCCCGACUACGCAGAAUAAAAUUUAGAGAACAAAUUAAUUCAUUAAAAAUAUAUCCACUGAAAAUUUUUUUUUCUUAAAUCAUACAACAAUAACAAUAUGAAUCACGGGCAGAACAUCUGUUUUUCAUGACUUUUUCCUUUAGUGUGAGUUCAACUUUACAGCAGAGGGAAGAAUCUGCGGGGGCGGUUACCCUCUUUCAGAUUUUUGCCAAAUUUUAAUCCCAAUAUUGGCUGAUGAAAUCAGCACGGGCUUUACUUGCCCACUUUCCUUUGGUCUUCUCAGUGAUUGUAUUCGGGAGGAUCGAGUGCGCUUAGCGGUCUUUCAUGUCUGCGUGUUGCCAUUUUCACUGGGCUGGCUUCCCGGUACACCCCAACUGCCCGUUACCGGUUUUUACACUUUUAUUUUUUGGAAGCUGAUUAGGUUCCAUUUGCUCCCAGCCGCUGGAAGACAAAUUACAAUCGCGUGCACACUCAAUCGCAUUUGCCUUCUGUGCGGAGCCUUUAUUCCCGCCUAAAGACUCCAAUGUCAAGCCAUGAGGUGCGCAUGCUCGCAUUCUCGAUGGUUGCAAAUUGCAAUUUCAAAUUGUCUGGUCCAGCAGUAGCUCCAGAAGAUUGUAACUCGAGUGCGCCAUGUGGCACGGCCCGCUCCGAAAACAUUCCACGAGGCGUGAACGCUGGCAUCGUUCCCGCCGGAUGGCGCGGUUGUCGUUCUUAGCUGAGCCGCAGAUGGCGCUCUGAUCCUGCUGGACAGAUAAAUACGUCUUUGCGUUGUUGACACCCUCUCAUAGAUGGAAAGAAAACACAUUUGGAAAAUUUUAAGCAUUUUUUCCCCAAUGUGUACUCUUUAAAAAAAUGGUUGUUGCUCUUGUUUCAUUAGCACUUAGGUGAACAAUGCCAGAGCAUGGACCUGACAAACUCUCCUGUGCUGUCUUUUGUUUGCUUUUCUAUCCUUUGGCCCUUGUGCAUUGUCAUUGAAGAAGCCACUUUGUUUUUGUAAGAGAAACGUUUUGGCCGAUAAUAGAGGCUUGUGCCUUUGUAAAGACAGAAUAAUAAACUUUGUACUUUGUUUUUGUUUUUUAAAG